UGUUGACAAAGCGAGAAACAUGGCCUUUCUUCAUGCCGAAUUGAGAGGAGAGAGAAACGGUUGUCAUGCUCAGAAGCUCAGUUAGUGUCGCUUUAGAGGCUUCCAUCCUAUCAGCAUAUUGCAUCAAGGAUCUGUCAUGCUCAGAACCUCAACCUCAAUGGCCGUUUCCGCACCUUCUCAGGCCUCGCCGAACCAAUAUCACAUAGCGAACCCAUCAUCGAAACCAUACAAGCUCAGAAACGAUUCCAUGUCGAAUUCGGCUUGGAAGCAGCUCAUCGCGACAUCUAUGGCUGCAAUCUCAGAAUCUCCUCUCUCGGCCGGCGAGGAGAUAUCAAUGCAGCCCGGGUCUUGUUCGAUCAGAUGCCUCAACGAGACGUAGUCACCUAUGCCUCCAUGAUCAACCUUUACCUUAAAAAUGGAGACUUUCCGCAAGCGGAGGCGCUGUUCAAGAAAAUUCCAGAGAGAAAUGUGGUGACGGAGUCCGCCAUGAUCCAUGGUCUUGCGAAGGUUGGCAGGAUCGAUGAAGCCCGGAGAUUAUUCGACAAAAUGCCCGUCCGAAAUGUCUUCACUUGGACGAGUUUGCUGUCUGGUUAUUGGCUCGCUGGCCGAGUUGAGGAAGCCCAGAAGGUAUUUGAUGAAAUGCCGGAGAAGAACGUGGUCUCAUGGACCACAAUGGUUCUUGGUUACGCACGAAAUGGAUUCUUAUCGGACGCUCGAACCCUGUUCGAUCGAAUGCCUGAGAGAAACACAGUGGCUUGGACUGCUAUGAUCAAGGCUUAUGUGGAAGAAGGUGAAAUCGAAGAAGCAGGACAGGUAUUUGAUAAAAUGCCCCAGAGGAACUUGUACUCUUGGAAUAUUAUGAUUAAAGGAUACUUGCAUUGCAGGCAAAUAUGUAGAGCAAUCAGUCUGUUUGAUUCCAUGCCUCGUAAAAAUGCUGUUACUUGGACCACCAUGAUAUCAGGAUUAGCCGAUAAUGAGAUGAUCGAUGAAGCUCGACUGCUGUUCGAUCAAAUGCCAACAAGAGAUAUAGCAUCUUGGAAUGCAAUGAUAACUGCAUACGCCAGCAAUUCACAAAUUGAUAUAGCUCGAGAACUCUUUGAUCUGAUGCCGGAAAAGAAUAUUGUAAGUUGGAAUGCAAUGAUCGAUGGAUAUUGUAAGAAUGGAUCUCAUUAUGAAGCUCUGUUGAUUCUCCUCCUCAUGCUUAGAUCACCAGUAAAGCCAAAUGAGGCUUCACUUACUAGUCUUUUAGCUGGAUGUGAUAGUAUGGCUGCAGGUAUGAAGGUUCAUGCUUUGGCUACAAAGUUAUCUUUUGUGUUAGAUAGUUGUUUGUCAAAUGCUCUGGUGAUUAUGUACUCCAAAAAUGGUGACUUGAGCUCUUCCUGGCUUGCUUUCAAUGAGUUAAAAGCAAAAGAUUUCGUCUCGUGGACUUCGAUGAUUCUGGCUUUUGCAAAUCAUGGCUGUGGGCUCUAUGCAUUGAAGGCUUUUGCUAAGAUGCUGAGCUAUGGAGCUCAGCCAGAUUCAGUCACCUUCAUUGGUGUUUUAUCUGCUUGUAAUCAUGCUGGCUUGGUGGAAAAGGGUAGAAAGGUUUUUGAUUCAAUGACAAGAGGAUAUGGAGUGAAGCCAAAGGCCGAGCACUAUUGUUGCUUGGUGGACAUUCUCGGUCGAGCCGGUCGGAUUAGCGAAGCGAGUUCUGUACUGAGUCUGGUGCCUGAAAGUGAGAGAGAUUCUGCUGUUUUAGGUGCAAUGCUUGGAGCUUGUCAGGUACAUGGUGAGGUUGAGAAAGUGAGUAAAGUUGCAGAGGAUUUGAUUGAGCUGGAACCAUCAAGUUCUGGAACAUUUGUGAGUUUGGCUAAUAGUUAUGCAUCAAUGGGGAAAUGGAAUGAUGUGGCAAGGGUGAGGAAGAUGAUGAGGGAGCAGAGGGUGGAGAAAGUUCCUGGUUUUAGUCAGAUUGAUUUGAAGAUGAGGAGUCAUGUGUUCUUUGCUGCUGAUAGAGUUCAUUCCCAGCACGAGGAAAUAUAUGAAAUGCUUGAAGAGGUGCUUCUACCACAAAUGAAAGAUUUGUGUAGGGAAGAACUUUUAGCUUCAGAACAUCAGUGAUGAUGACUUUUGGCCAGUUUUGAAUUUGUAGAUAAGAGAAUAGUGGUAGCCAUCAAGCACAAGAGAGAUUAUUCUGUGCGGACAUCAUACCGUAUGGAGAUGAAUUAAAACCAACUACGUCAUCCGGUAGACAGCAGUUUAUAGCAAAAAAAAUGAUGUGGCAUGUUCUUAUUUAUCUCAGUACGGUGUCGGUAUCCACACAAAAUAAUUUCACCAAGCACAGAUGGUGGAGUUUAGAAGUCGGGGGGAUCAUACGAUAGCUUUAUUGGAUAAAGUAGUGAGGGUGUAAAUGAGUCAAAUGGGUUUGUGAAGUUAUUGAGGCUCAGUUAUAUAUAAGAGAAUAUAAAUAUAUUUUUAAUUUAUAA